AUGCAGCUGAAGAUGAUGGGCAACCUUUGCCUAUGCAGGACUGUGGACCGCUCUACUGAUGAUAUACCGAUUUUCUGUGCUGAACCGAAGGCAUGCACGGAUCCCGAUGACCCCGAUAUCGAGGUUUUAACGCCCUUUCUGCCCCUUCCGAGACUCUUUGAGGAACAGCUCGAGAUGACGGCAGUCUGCCACCCUGAGCGUACUAUGAUGCACAACAUGAGGGCUCUAGCAUGCUCCCGAGAGAGUCCGGAUGUGGUUAAGCGUUACGAAGAAAUGUUGAUGCGGUUACGUCGUGCUGCCGAGUACAUGAUGUCUGCCCGAGUGAACGCCGUGCCCUUGGAGGUACUCCAACUCGUACGAGUUUGGCGAGAGUACUGUUGUCAUCGAUUUGCCUGGGCACUUAUCUCUAUAAGUGAUAUCCAAUGGCUCCAGACUCAGCUUAUGGAACGGUCUAAUAAAACGUAUCAUCCCCUGACCAUCCUCGACCCUUUGGCCGGUACAGGCUGGCAUUGCUAUCUCAUGCGAGGGCUAGGUUGGACAUCAAGUUUCGAGGUUUCUGAUUCCCACCCUGCAUCACCCUCUAUGUUGUGGGUCACACCGGUGUGUGCUCGAGACGCGUUGGAAUCGGUCCGUGCUAUGCCGAGAGCGGACGUCUUGUGGUUGAGUUGGCCACCACAUGAGCCGCAACCUAUUGCCUUUAGUCUCCUUAAUGCCUUUUGUGGCUGUACUGUAAUUUAUAUUGGGGAAUGGCCGGCUGCAAGCACUACCUCGGUAUCACAGGGAGCUCGGAUGUUUUUCGAAGCUCUCCGAUCCGACUGGAUCGAGAAAGCAAGGCGGAAGGCGGAGGUCAAUUGGCCAGGGUUUGUUGUUGGGACCUGCGGUGAUAUAAUAUGCAUCCCACACUUCCGUGCUUGGCAACGAAAACAACUACAGCGCUGCAGGCAGACAGAGCACCACCAUGGUGCCUCCUCGGUUGAAAACGGCAGCUCUUCUCGGAAUCGACUUCAAACGCGACAAGCGGACGAGUCCACGAAGCUUCUCGAUACUCUGAGAGUGAUCGAACAGAAGAAGACUGAUCUUGCAUGCAAGAUUGAGGAGUCUCGCAAACAGACUGCUAAGUUGAACGCACGAAUAGAAGUCCUGGAAAGAGCGGAAGAAAAGCAAAGGAGGAGGGCCGCUAGAGAACUGCAUCAAAGACAACAGGAUCUCGGGAGCCACGGCUUUAACCGCAACCAGCUUGGCCGCCGCCAGGGAGAUGCUUUGGAAGCCCUGAGCGCCGAAUCGAUGCGAGGCACCUGGAGGCAGCAUCAGCCAAACACGAGUUCGAAUGCUAUCAUGGGACCGACGCAUGGAGCACGCAGUAGCGUUAGUCACUGCAGUGGUACCCUCGAUGAGGAUAUCCUACGGAAGCUCGGUACUGGAGAACGUGGCGAUCUAUCAUCUCUGAUGGGGAAAAUGACGAACUUACCACAACUUCCGAGAGUGAACCGACCUGCAGGACGGCAAGUACGACUGCAUGCUCUAUAUUACAAAGCCCUUAUUCAUCAGCAACAAGGGCACAUACAAAGUUCUCUUCAGCUCUUCCAGGCGGCAGCGAGUCUAGAUCCUCUGAACGUAGACUAUCUGAAGCAUGUGGCAAAGAACUUGUCCUUCCUAGGGCAGCACCAGCCCGCCCUAGAGAUAUAUUCGGAGGCUAUAAAACGUGAUCCAGACGAUUGGGAAUUGCACUAUAACAUCGGGGUGUGUCAGAAAUACUUGGGUAAUUACUCGCUGGCAAUCAGCAGCUUCCGAGCUGCCAAUGAUAUCCAGCGUCAUGAUACCACCUACAUUGAACUGGCAGAGAUGCAAGCACGUCGCGGAGAUAGUCAUGCUGCCAUCGAUACCUACACUGAAGCCCUCGAAUUCUCGCCAGAGAACGCGAAAAUUUUAACUAGAUUGGGUGUUCUGCUACUGAAGGCAGAUGAUAGCUAUAAGGCGUUCGAGUGCCUCGGGAAUAGCCUGGUCUACGAUCCAAAGGACCCUCCGACAAUACUGGCCGCAGGAAGUGUCAUACAAGACCACGGCGAUGUUGAUGUCGCAUUGGUGAAAUAUCGUGUGGCAGCAGUGGAGAUCCCUUCAAGUGCGGAACUGUGGAAUAAUGUCGGCAUGUGUUUCUUUGGUACCUUCGAGGAGAAGCAGAAGUUAGUAGCAGCAAUAGCUUGCCUAAAGAGAGCGAUCACACUUGAGCCUCAACGGUGGAGAACACAAUUUAACCUCGGCCUGCUCCACUCGUGUACGGGCCAGUACGCCUCGGCCUUCACGUUCUUCUCGGCUGCUCUCAACCUGGAUCCUAAGCACCCCCUCAUUUACAUGUAG